AUGAGGAACCAUGUUUCUUCCCUCUCUUUCCUUUUCCUGUUGAUCCCUUUCCUGCCUCCGGUUCAAUGCGCCGAUACCACUUUCGCGCCAUCCUUUUACACCGAAGAGAUAUACAAGGAGCUUGAAAACCUCGCUACUCUGUUAAACAAGGACAUUAAAGCAGGUUUAGGUUUCUGCAUCAAGGAUGUGCGUAAAGAUUGGGAGGAAGCAUUUGAUUUUAAAGGAAGGUUGGAUUUCGUGGAUUCUUGUGUUAAGAAGAAAGGAGAUUUCAGAGAUAGAAUAUGUACUGCGGCUGAAAUAAGGUACUACUUCCAUGGUUUCUUGGAACAAGGGGGAACAGCUGCCAAUUACGUAAAACCUAACAAGAAUUGCAAUUUGACCUCGUGGGUCUCUGGUUGUGAACCUGGAUGGAGUUGUAGUGCUGGCAAAAAUGUUGACCUGAAAAAGGACGUUAAGGACAUUCCCUUUAGAACCAGUACAUGUCAGCCUUGUUGUGAGGGGUUUUUCUGCCCUCAAGGAUUGACUUGCAUGAUACGUUCUUACUGUCCAAUUGCAAAACUGAACAAUGAGACUGGAGUAUGUGACCCAUAUACUUAUCAAAUACCUCAGGGAGAAACAAAUCAUACUUGUGGCAGUGCUGACAUUUGGUCUGGCGUGGUGAACAAUAGUGAUAUCUUUUGUUCUGCAGGAUCAUACUGCCCAACUACAACACGUAAAGUUUCUUGUGAUAGUGGGUAUUGA